UUAUUUUAAAUAAAUUAGUUAAAUAUGUUGCUAGGUACGAGUGAAGAUGAGGUGUGAUUCAAUAACAUUCCUAUAAUUUAUUUUUUAUGAAACUAAUUUUUCUUAUUUUCGAACUUAUUUUUCUCGAGAAAAUAUUUUUCCGACCAUUUAUUCUCUCCACAAUUCCCCCGAACUCUGCUCCUCUUCCCAUGCACGUCCACUCCCUCUGCUUCACUCACUCUGAUUUUUUUCUUCACACAAAUUCAAAAGCUUUUUGCAAAUUUAACAAAUGAAUCUGACUUAGAAUUGAAAUUUAAAGUGAUAUUCGAUUACAUGGAUGGAAUCAAAGACUAUAAGGUACAUGGAUUGGAUCGUAAGCCGAGUUGCACACAACCUGCUCGAGAAAAGGUUUAUCACAAGGGGACACAUAAUGUCAUUCAAAACAAUAAUGAUGGCUCUUCACGAGAAGAAGAAGGAUUAUACAAUGAUGGAGAAGGUUCCCAUUUGGUCAAUCGAAAGGUUGAAGGCGUUGAGGUUGUAGCGGAUGGUUUAGAUGAUAAUCGUCAUCAUCAAUCGCCUUUGGCGGAGUUUGAAGGAACUGGUGGUGGAGUAGGAAGCUUUAAAGUACCAGCUCGUGCGCCUCUGCAUCCUGCCCGUCCAACUUACCUUGAGAUCAGGCCACAUCCCCUCAAAGAAACACAGGUUGGGAAAUUUUUGAGGACCAUUGUUUGUUCCGAGACACAAUUAUGGGCGGGACAAGAAUCUGGUGUAAGAGUGUGGAAUUUUUCUGAUCAAUAUGAGUGUGGGAUAGGAAUUGGUGGACGGGCAAGGAGAGGGGAUGAGGACGCAGCACCAUUUUACGAGUCAGCUGAUAUAUCACCAACAUUAUGCUUGAUGUUUGAUUCUGGAAAUAAAUUAAUCUGGAGUGGACAUAAGGAUGGCAAGAUCAGGUCUUGGAGAACAGACCAGCCUAAUUCUGAUGACUCCCCUUUCAAGGAAGGCCUCUCCUGGAAUGCUCAUCGUGGUCCCGUUCUUUCAUUGAUGCUAUCUUCUUAUGGUGAUAUAUGGUCUGGAUUUGAAGGCGGUAUCAUAAAGGUUUGGCCAUGGAAAGCAGUGCAGAAGUCUCUCUCUCUAUCAUCAGAUGAAACACAUAUUGCUUCUUUACUUGUGGAAAGGUCACUUGUUAACCUUAGAAGCCAAGUUACAGUUAAUGGUGCAUGUAGCAUCUCAUCUUCUGAUGUGAAGUGUUUGCUCUCUGAUCAUGUAAGAGCAAAAGUGUGGGCAUCGGGAUCUUUAUCCUUCUCGUUAUGGGAUGCACGAACCAGGGAACUCCUGAAAGUGUAUAAUGUAGAUGGUCAGAUUGAAAAUGGGGUUGAUAUGUCAUAUGUGCCAGACCAAGCUGUGGAAGAUGAGAGUAAUGUCAAGUCUGUCACCAAAUCUAAAAAAGAAAAGUCACAAGGAGGUAACUUUUUCCAGCGUUCACGCAAUGCUAUAAUGGGAGCUGCCGGUGCUGUACGUCGAGUUGCAACAAAGGGGUCAGGAGCAUCUUCAGAAGAUAGUAAGAAAACAGAAGCCCUUGUGCUUUCAUCUGAUGGAAUGAUUUGGAGUGGAUGUUCAAAUGGCUUACUUGUGCAGUGGGAUGGGAAUGGAAACCGUUUGCAAGAUUUCCAUCAUCAUCCUUGUGCUUUUCCUUGUGCUGUUCUAUGCUUAUGUGCUCAUGGUUCUCGAAUAUGGGUUGGCUAUAUAAGUGGUAUGGUACAGGUCCUGGACCUUGAAGGGAACUUGGUAGCUAAUUGGGUUGCUCAUACCGAUCCUGUAAUAAAAAUGGCAAUUGGGGGUGAUUAUGUUUUUAGCUUGGCUAAUCAUGGAGGUAUACGUGGAUGGACCCUUGCCACUCCAGGACCUAUUGAUCAAAUAUUGCAAUCAGAAAGAGCACAGAAAAGACAUUUAUACACCAGACAAGAAAAUUUUAAGAUUCUGGUUGGCACGUGGAAUGUUGCUGAAGGAAAAACCUCACAGGAAGCACUUGCAACUUGGCUGAGUUCUGCCAUUUUGGAUGUUGAAAUUGUAGUAAUUGGGUUGCAAGAAGUAGAAAUGGGAGCCGGUUUUCUUGCAAUGUCUGCAGCAAAAGAAACUGUAGGACUAGAAGGAACAUCCAGUGGACAAUGGUGGCUGGAUGCAAUAGGGAAGACUUUGGAUGAAGGAUCAAGUUUUGAAAAGGUAGGAUCAAGGCAACUAGCUGGCUUGCUUAUUGCUAUCUGGGUGAGAAAAACCCUUCGAGUACAUGUGGGGGACCUUGACGUUGCAGCAGUUGCAUGUGGUUUAGGACAUGCCAUUGGUAAUAAGGGGGGAGUCGGUUUGAGGUUAAGAGUAUUUGAUCGGAUUAUGUGCUUCGUGAACUGUCACUUUGCAGCACAUUUAGAAGCAGUCAACCGCCGGAAUGCUGAUUUUGACCAUAUAUAUAGAACAAUGGCUUUCACUCGAUCUUUUAAUCUUCUUGACAAUGUUGCUGUUGGUGUGUCAUCCGCUGCUCAAAUGCUUCGUGGUACAGAUGCUGCAGCAAUUAGUCCCGGGAAGGGAAAACCUGACCUUGCUGAAGCUGAUAUGGUGAUUUUCUGUGGGGAUCUUAAUUAUCGUCUUUUUGGAAUAUCUUAUGAUGAAGCAAGGGACUUUGUCUCACAAAGAUGCUUUGACUGGCUUAGAGAGAAAGAUCAACUAAGAGCAGAAAUGGAAGCUGGUAAAGUUUUCCAAGGGAUGCGCGAAGCAAUCAUCAAAUUUCCUCCAACUUACAAGUUUGACAAAGGGAAACCAGGAUUAGGAGGAUAUGAUUCUGGGGAGAAGAAACGAAUUCCAGCUUGGUGUGACAGAGUGCUAUAUCGAGAUAGCCGGGCAGCUCCUUCUAUGCCAUGCAGUUUAGGGAGCCCUGUAGCUGCUUCCAUUUUACAGUACGAUGCUUGCAUGGAAGUGACAGAUAGCGAUCACAAGCCUGUGCGGUGCAAAUUUAGUGUUGAAGUUUCCCGUGUUGAUCGAUCAGUAAGGAGACGAGAGUUUGGGAAGAUCUUCCAGUAUAAUGAUAAAAUCAGGUCUAUACUGGAAGAACUGUAUUAUAUACCUGAAGUAGCCGUCAGUACCAGCCAAAUAUUUCUUCAGAAUCAAGAAACAUUCAGCUUAAUAAUUACCAACAGAAGUACUAGACAGGAUAAUGUUUUUUUCCAAAUCACUUGCCAAUAUCAAUCAACUGUCGACAAGAACAAGCAAACAUCAGGCUAUCGUCCCAGAGAUUCCUUUUGCUUUCCCCGUUGGCUUAAGGUCACACCUGCGGCUGGCAUGAUCAAAUCUGGUGAAGAUGAAGAGAUCUUGGUACAUCAGGAAGAGUUCCGUAAUUUAGAAAAUAUUCCUGAAGUUAUGUCACCAAGCAAAAGGUCUGAGGAAACAAGAGAAGAAGAGGUGUUUUUAAUGAUCAAUGUGAAAUCUAGUGGCUCAACGAAGGUAAGAACACAUAAAGUACAGCUGAGCUGCCGUUUCUCAACUGAUGCAGUAUGCAUAUUAUCAAGAAACAGUUCCACCAGAAAUGAAGGGAGCUCCCAUCACAGGUCAAACAGUUCCAGAAGAAAUGAAGGAAGCACCAAUCAGAGGUCAAAUAGUUCCAUAAAAAAUGAAGGGAGCUCCCACCACAGGUCUGCUCUUCAACAGGAGAGCGUGUCAAAUGGUUCCAGAAGAAAUGAAGGGAGCUCCCACCCCAGAUCUUCUCUUCAACAAGAGAGUACCUCUGACAUGAAUAAAUAUAAAUGACCAUCAAGGCUUUCUGGUACCUGGUAUCUGCAUGAAAACUUUAAAACCUUAAGAAAACAAGGUUCGCCCCCCCCCCCUCAAACUUGGGGUACAGGGAGGGGUUGACAAGGUGGAAAAUCGAACCUCACUUGUAAAGUGAAAGUUCAGGUAGCCAACGAACUAAGCUACUAAGAUUCACCGACAAGAGGGUUCCGAGAUAAUUUUCUGAUGUAAAAUUAUGGGAUUCCCUUUGAUGAGAAUGUGCGGUAGGUCUUGAUGUAUAUACUCGUAGGUGAUUAGCGCUCAGAAAUCUGGAUAUAGAACAUCAAUUUGCUCUUCCAUUUUUUCACUAGAAUUGUGUUCAUUAGGAAGCAGUUUGUUCUUCACCAAAAAGACUUGCUUGUAGAAAUGCAGAAUUCUACAUUCCUUUUCUCUUAGGUAACAUUCAUUGAAAAGCCAGACUGGGCGUUUCUUGCCCUGCA